AUGGCGUCUUCAUCUACAUCAUUAAAAGCACCUUGCGCCACGUGUAGCAAUAAAAGUGCAGGUAUAUUUCGAUGUGAAGGAUGUUUACAAGUAUUUUGUCGAAAACAUCUUAAUGAACAUCGAGAUUUUCUUAGUCAUCAAUUAGAUGAAAUUGUUCAAGAAUAUGAUACUUUACAACAAACUAUUGUUGAAAAUGAAGACAAACACAUAAAUGAUCUUCCUAUUCUCAAACAUAUUGAUCAAUGGGAAAAAGUAUCGAUUGAGAAAAUUCAACAAAUAGCAGAAGAAACUAGAGUACAAGUCAAAAAAUUAACUAGUUUGGAAACAGUAUCAAAUGAAUUACAUAAUCUUGCUGAACGACUAGAAAAAGCUCGUAUAGAUGAUGAUUAUGUUGAAACAGAUCUUCGAACAUGGACAACUAUAUUAGAAAAAUUGAAAGAUGAUAUUAAUACAUUUUCUCCUUCGAUUUUUAUUCAAGAAAAUCCAAAAGAAAUACUUAUUGCUAAAAUUCAUGUUUCUACAAUAGUACACCAAUUAAGUCAACAGGAAAAGUUUGGAAAAUCCUAUGGUCCAGUUUGUAUUGAAAACAAUGGUUUUAUGGCGAAACAUAUCGGUCCAAGGAACGGUACGGCUUAUGUGCGCGGAAUAGGUGCAUAUUCAUCAGGGACACAUAAAAUUCAAUUCCUAUUCACAAAGAAUAGUCUCAAAUAUAUCACCUGGUUUGUUGUUGCCUCAGCGUCGACGCCGAUUGGUAGAACAUCCAAAUUACCUUACAACACCUAUGGAUGGUCAAGUGAUGAUAAUAUUUAUUGUCCUGAUGAUAUAAGAACAGUCGAUAAAAACUUUCGAGAUAUGAAAGGUCAAACUUCAUUUGAAAUCAAACUUCAACUUGAUUGUGACAAUCGAAAAAUUAGUUAUAUCAAUCAACGAACAAAGAAUCAAAGAGAAUUAAAUAUCGAUAUUACAAAAUGUCCAUUUCCAUGGCAAGUCGAAUUUUAUCUAUUUGAGGUUGGAGAUUGUGUUCGUCUUUUACAUUAA